AACGGGGAUCGCCUGCUGUCGCUCCGCCGUGAGCGUGCGUGCCUUUAACGUUAUGUUGUAGCUCCUGAGGAGACCAGUAGCUUCCAUUUGCACGUUGUGUGGUGUUCUAAGACCCACGGACGGCCGAGAAAUCCGCCUAAAACACGUAUGGUCCAGAUGAUUGAGAAAUACCGGAAGUUGAGUCUGCGACUCGACAACGGGGCCGUCAUCGGUCACAGCGAGAAGUUGUUGGGCGAUCCAAAUGGCGGGCCGGUGCUGCUGCCGGUUGAUAAGGCCUUUUCGCGCGGCUUGGUCACUGAGCGGCAGGUCAAGCGAUUGGAAGCGUUGCUGAUCCAGAUGCACUCACGUGCACCCAACGCUGCGCCGUUGAGGAGCCUUUCUGAGCUCAACCGGAAACGGAAGGAGCCCGACUCUGCUCAGGAGUUGGCUGGCCACCCGAAAGCUGCUCACCUUAACAACGGUCGCCGUGGUGGCAAAGGGGAGCGGCACUCUAUGGGCGGCUCCCUGGGCAAUUCUUCGUGGGGUGGCGGCGAUUUUUAUGCAAAGUGCACUGAGAUCCUGACCGAGGUGGAGAAGAACCUGGGCCUGAACCUGUACAUCUUCGCAGCGCCGGUGAAGGCAGCAGACUACCCAGAGUACCACAAAGUCGUGAAGGUGCCUAUGGACCUGGGGACCAUGCGUGGCCGCCUCGAGGGCCGCCAGUACAACAACCCCCAGGAGUUCUGCGAUGACAUGCGGCAGGUGUGGAUCAACUGCGCGCUGUACAACCACAAGGACACGGUGGUGGGCAAGGCGGGAUCGCGCGCGGACGCCAAAUUCGAGCAGCUCUGGGCGGCCUCCGGGUACGACCAGGGCGGGCGGCGGCGCCGCGUGACGGGCGGCAUCGCUGCGCACAAGUAUGAGCCGUCGCUGGACCCCGAGCCCAAGCCGCCCGCGCGCAAGACCAGCAGCAGCGGCCAGCGCAACGGACGCAGGGAGGGCCUGCAGCGCAUGAAGAGCGUGAACAACAAGCCCAUGCCCAUGGAGAUGAUGCAGGAGCUUGCCAGCCGGCUUGGCCAGUUCGCAGAGGAUGACAACAUGGAACAGAUCCUGUCGAUCAUCAGGGAGGGGCAGACUGUGGAGCUGCAGAGCAAUGGCGAGGUGGAGCUGGACUUUGACACUCUCGAGAAUGCCACCCUUUGGCGCCUGUGGGACUUCACAGAAAACAUGAAUCUGCCAACCACCAUCAGCCCAGCCGACAGCGAACCCUCUGACUCUGAUGACUCCGGCGACGAGCCCGGCUGA